GGUUACUACUACCAUAAAGUUACUACUUAGUGAGUGUGACUGAACUGAGAAAUGUAUCGGUUCCUCCUGCUCGCGCAUGCGCAGUGUAAGUCAGUAGCAGCCGGUGCGAAGGACAGCGUAACAAGCAUCGGCCUAUAGAGCAGAGACUGCCCUCAACUUGAAGGAGUCAUGGCCCAGUUUGGGGGACAGAAGAAUCCACCUUGGGCCACUCAAUUUGCUGCCACAGCGGUGUCUCAGCCGGGCCACACAGGACAGUCUCUUGAUCUCAACAGCCUGCAUUCUCUAAGUGUGCAACAGCCAUCUCUUCUGGGAGCCUCUCCCUCUGUUUACUCUCAGCAGUCAGCAUUGGCUGCAGCUUCUCUUAGCAACCAGUCCGCUGCAAAUUAUCAGCUGUCUCAGCAAACUGCUGCCCUGCAGCAACAAGCUGCAGCGGCUGCAGCAGCAGCACUACAGCAGUCCCAGAUCAAUUCAGCUCUGCAACAAUAUCAGCAACAGCAGCAGCAGCAGCAACAACAACAGCAACAACAACAGCAACCUCCCCAGCAACCUCCACAACAACAAAUGUACAAUGUACCUCAUCAACUCCCACAGCCUCAACAGGCACUGAUCUCUCAGCCUCCAGUUGCUUUGCCUACGAGUCUGAGUCUGUCUAAUCCCCAGCAGACAGCCCAGAUUACUGUAUCCUACCCAACACCGCGUUCAAGCCACCAACAGCAGACGCAACCACAGAAACAGCGAGUGUUUACUGGUGUUGUCAACAAGCUACACGACACAUUUGGCUUUGUAGAUGAAGAUGUCUUCUUCCAGCUAAGUGCUGUGAAGGGGAAGACUCCCCAGGUGGGUGACAGGGUCCUAGUGGAAGCUGUGUACAACCCAAAUAUGCCCUUCAAGUGGAACGCCCAACGCAUCCAGACAUUACCUCAGUUAGGAAACCAGUCGCAUCAGCAGCAGCCUCAACCUUUACCUCAAGCUUCCCCACAGCUGGGCGGCCUUUACAAUGAGCCUGGGAUGCAGUUGCGCUACCCAGACAUGCACUCUGCUCCGGACAACAGACAAAAUAGUCAACCCCAAGGUCCUAACAUGAUGAAGGCAGCCCCCACUAUGUUGCAGUCCCUACCUCCCCCAACUACGUUCAAUGUUCCAUCCCAGGCGCCUCCUCCCUCCCUCCUGCAGGCCCAGCUGUCUGCUGCUUCUCUUGCCCCUCUUCUUCAAAACCCUCCUCAGCCUCUGCUGCCACAGCCUCCGCCCAAAGACGUAUUUCCUGGGGGUCUCCUUCAACCUCCAGUGAGAAUGAUGCCACAGCCACAACCUGUGCGACGGAUUGAACCUCCGCCUCGUUUCCCAAGUCGCAAUGAUCGAGGCCCGGAGCUCAUCCUCAGGACUAAAGAGGAGCGAAGCCGAGACAGAGAUCGUGAGCGCAGGCGGUCAAGAGAACGCUCGCCCACACGCAAACGUUCUAGAGACCGCUCACCAAGACGUGACCGCUCUCCUAGAAGGCCUCGCAGGGUGGUGCCUCGUUACACGGUCCAGUUCUCCAAGUUCAGCUUAGAUGGUUCAAGCUGUGACAUGAUGGAGCUGAGGAGACGCUAUCAGAGCCUUUACAUUCCCAGUGACUUCUUUAAUGCAGUCUUUACCUGGGUGGAUGCCUUCCCUAUGACAAGGCCCUUCCAGUUUAACAAUGUCUGUAACUUUCACAUUUUGCACAAAGAAGUGGAUCCAUUAGUAAAGAACACUGCUGUUCUGGACCCUCCUGAUGCCAACCACACCUACAGUGCUAAGGUGAUGCUGCUAGCUAACCCCAGUAUAGAAGAGCUGUAUCACAAAUCCUGUGCUUUGGCAGAAGACCCUCAGGAACUUAGGGACUCCUUCCAACAUCCUGCUAGACUUAUUAAGUUUUUGGUAGGAAUGAGAGGUAAAGAUGAGGCCAUGGCCAUUGGUGGUCACUGGUCUCCCUCUCUGGAUGGAGCCGACCCAGAGAAUGAUCCAUCAGUCCUUAUAAAGACAGCCAUACGCUGUUGCAAGGCACUCACAGCCAUAGACCUUAGUCUCUGCACGCAGUGGUAUCGUUUUGCAGAGAUUCGCUAUCAUCGGCCGGAGGAGACUCACAAGGGGCGGACAGUCCCUGCUCAUGUGGAGACAGUGGUUUUGUUUCUUCCGGAUGUUUGGCAUUGUCUUCCUACCCGCUCAGAGUGGGAGGUGCUGUCACGGCGACUCCGGGAGCAGCUGGCUGAGAAGCUGUCGGCCGAGCGAAAGGAGGCAGAUGGAGAACAGGAGGAAGAGGACAAGGAUGACGAUGAGUCAAAGGAUGUGAGUAUUCCUACUCACUGGGCCAAACUUGAUCCGAAAUCAAUGAAGGUAAAUGAUCUGCGCAAGGAGCUUGAUUGUCGCUCUCUGAGCUCUAAGGGUUUAAAGUCGCAGCUGAUUGCUCGGCUCACCAAGCAGCUGAAGGUGGAGGAGCAGGUGGAGGAGUCCAAGGAGCCAGAGAAACCGGAGGUUAAAGCUGUGGAAGAAGAGGAGCCAUCUUGCCCAGAAGAAGACAGAGAGGAAGAGGAAAGAAAGAGGCAGGAGGAGCUUGAGCGCCAGCGAAGGGAAAGGCGCUACAUCCUUCCUGAUGAGCCAACCAUCCUUGUGCACCCCAACUGGGCAGCAAAAAAUGGCAAAUUUGACUGCAGUGUUAUGUCGCUGAGUGUGCUCUUGGACUACAGACUGGAAGACAACAAGGAGCACUCUUUUGAAGUUUCCCUGUUUGCUGAGCUGUUUAAUGAGAUGCUACAGAGAGACUUUGGGUACCGCAUUUAUAAAGCCCUCGCUGCUCUUCCUGCAAAGGAUGAAAAGAAGGAAAGGGAGAAGAAAGCCAAGAAAGAGGCAGAAAAGAAGGAGGUUGAAAAACGUGAAAUAAAGAAAGAAAAGGAUGAGGACACAGAGGAACCAAUGGCAAAGAAGACCAAAGAGGAGGAGGAAGAGAAGAGGAAGUAUGACGAUAAGGUUAUGAAAAAGGAGGAUUCUCGUGAUGAAGAAGAGAAUGAAGAUGAUGGUAGCAAUGCCAACGCUGAGGAAUAUGACCCCAUGGAGGCUGAAGAUGCAGAUGAUGACGACGACGAUGACAAGGACGAUGAUGACUCAAAUGACAGGGACAGGAAAGAUCGAAAGGACGAUCGCAAGUCAUCCAAGGAGAGGUCCUCCAAGGAUAAGGACAAGAAGCAAAUGGUCACAUUCAACAAGGACUUGCUGAUGGCGUUUGUCUACUUUGACCAGAGCCACUGUGGCUAUUUACUGGAAAGAGACCUGGAGGAGAUCUUGUACACACUGGGACUGCACCUUUCUCGUGCUCAGAUAAAGAAGCUGUUGAACAAGCCGGUGGUCAGGGAGUCUUGUUACUACCGUAAACUGACUGACAGAGAGAAGGAUGAGCCUGCUCCUUCCUUUAAUGAAGCCCUAAUAGAAAAUCUUAUUGGUAAUCGAGGAUUACUUCCUGCUCCAAAAACCCGUGCUCAGUCAGACUCCAGUGAGUAUGGUAAUCUGAUCACCUAUAAUGGAGCCAUGGUCGACAUCGGAAGCAUGAUGCAGAAACUAGAGAAGAGUGAAAAGGCAAGAGAGGAGAUGGAACAGAAACUCAUGGAGCAAGAUGCCAAAAUGGAUGAAGAUGCAAAAGUGAAAACACAGGUAGAGCAGGCCAAUAAAGCUUUGUCCAAGGAGCUGGAGGAAAUUAAAAGCACUCUAAGUCAAACCGAGCAAACUCUGAAAACUGCAGAGGAGCAGAAAUCCAUCUACUACAACCAGAUUAGCAAGACGUCCUCCAACUUGAUGUCCACUGUCAAAGGACUGCUGGCAGUGCUGAAAAAGGAUGAAGAAAUAGACGAGCCUGGUUGUCGGUCAUCUCAGACCAAUGGUGCCGAUGACUGAGUGACUCAAGCUAAACUGUAAAAUCAUUAUUUCAACAUUUGUAAAUAUUCUUUAAACAAACAUAAUUUGACCGUUUUCUAUGAACCUGUUCUCCCAAGUACAUGUGCAAAUGAAUCGGGUUCCCUUUUGUUAAUUUGACCUUUGUUUCUGUGUACAAUACAUUGGUUUGUGCUGAGGUAUUUUUCUUAUGAAAUAUUAACGAUGAAUAAGCUUUGAGAUGCUUAUUUUCAUAGCUUUGAGAAAGAUAGGUUGAGUUGCUAACGUUUCUUUUUGCAGUUGCUUCAACUCGGUUAUGGUCAAUUAAAUGCCACAUUGUAGAUCUCAAUGCCAUUAUGGGUGAGUUGUACUUUUCAGAGACUCGGUUUUUCUAAUGAGCAAUAAUGAUGCUAUUUAUGUGGAAGAGAAUUCAGUAAAAAAUACUAUAUUUAAAAGAAGCUAACUUUGGAUGGGAAAGGGUAGAAAGGUACCAAGCUCCAACAGAAUAACUUUAUACACUACCCCAAUCCCCUGAAUAAAAACCACAACUAUGUUCAAUAAAUGCUUUUGGUUUCUA